AAGAUAGCCACUUCUAGUCAAGAUCUUUAUGAUAUUAAUACUAAUACAAUCAAUUAUAUUAAUGUAUUAGAUAGUACAUAUUUAGAUCCAGAUCAAGAAUAUGAGUUACUUGAUAAUAAGA